AGAUAAUUACAUCCAGUACAAUACACACGUUUUCGUGUCAGAUCAUCUUCUAAAUUUGUAGUAUACCAUUAAAAGUAUUGAAUUAAUUGAAUAAUUUUAUUUUUGAAUGUAUUUGAUGAAAUUUGCGUAUUCAUGUUGAUUUUAACUACAGCAAUGAUUCUGAUACUGUGACUGUGACGUCAUUAUCGUCUAGUUGGGUUCUGGUUGGGUUACCUCAGAUCGUUGACUUGCUGCCGACAUUUACGAACAGAAAAUGUAUUUAUUAGAAAUUAACGUGUCUUUAUUUAAGUAUUGAUCCAUUUUUUUGUUGCUCAAUGUUGAAUAUAUUUUAACAAUUGUUUACUGGUGUAAAGACUUGGGUGCAGUGUUCCUAUUGAAGCAAAAUAGAACAGGGUGAAAUGUCUCGACAUGAAGGUGUCAGUUGCGAUUCGUGUUUGAACGGCAACUUCCGAGGUCGCCGCUUCAAGUGCUUGAUCUGCUACGACUAUGAUCUGUGCGCCACGUGCUAUGAAGGUGGAGCUACCACUACGAGACACACCACCGAACAUCCCAUGCAGUGCAUUCUCACACGUAACGAUUUCGAUCUUUUUUAUGGAGGCGAAGGAUUGACAGUCGAGGAUCCUCAGGCAUUCACCUGUCCUUACUGUGGCAAAAUGGGAUUUACAGACGCCGCAUUGCAAGAGCAUGUCUCGUCUGAUCAUUCAGAAACGUCUUACGAAGUUGUGUGUCCAGUGUGUGCGGCACUGCCAGGCGGCGAGCCGAACCUGGUGACAGAGGACUUUGCCAGCCACCUCACACUCGAGCAUCGAAACAGCCCCAGGGAUCUCAUAUCCUUUCUGGACGAACCGACAGGAUCUCGGCAUGCCGUAAGGAGAAUACCGCACCAUACUGCCAGGGGAGUUGGUGGAUCUUCCAGGGCUAGGCCACGAGCGUCCAACAUGCACUUCAAUACGACAGGGCUUUCGGCGUCUCUGUCGCCCUCGUCGCGCGACGCCGUCGACCCGAUCGCAGAGCUGCUGUCGCAGCUGUCGGGAGUGCGCCGAACUGCGGCUGCGGGGAGCGGUGGAAGGGGCGGCAGCCAGGGGUCGACCACCCCCUCUCAGCUGCAGCAGCUGCAGAUGCAGUUGCAACUGGAACGCCAGCAGGUUCGGGCGGCCAGGCAACAGCUGGAACGACUGCCGCGUCGGCAGACGCAGAGCGGGGGCGGUAGCGGUGGCGGGGGCGGGAGUGGUGGAUCGGGGGGCGGAGCCGCCUCCAGUGUGCCUUUGCACUCGACGACAGGGGGGCAGACGGAGGGGGCUUCCCACUCACAGUCCUCAUCUCAUAGCAAUUCGCAGCUCUUGUUGUCCAGUUGCAUGGACGUUAGCCUGACGGACGCAGAACUGCAGUUGGCGGAACGCGAGCGUGCCGAUCGCAGCCUGUUUGUGCAGGAGCUGGUGCUGACCACUCUGUGUGAGGAGGAGGCGACUAGCCACACGAGGCGAGUGGCCAGCCACCAGUCGCCGGUCGCCGCCACCAACACGCCACUCACACUGCAACAGACUCAACAACCCUCCACCCAACAGCAACAACAACAACAACAGCAGCAGCAGCAAGGAGCAGCGAAAGCAGCCGCAGCAGCAGCAGCAACCGCCGACUGGGAGCCGGCCGCGUUGCGGAGGGUGGUGACAGGGGGGCGUGGAGGCGCGGGAAGCGGGGCGUCGGGAGCGGGCUCAAGGCCGACGUCGACAACAACGCCGCACCAACAUCAACAGCAGUCGCAUGCGACCGCGGCCAACCGACAACGUGCCCCCACCACUGGAACGGGCACCAUCCGGUGUGAAAGCACCCCUUUGGCCCCCGUUGGCGCGCCCCGUCGCAAACCCGUGCGACCCGUUCCCACGUCGGAGCCUCCGCCUUCACUCUAGUCCCCCCUACCACCCCGCUCACCAUGACUUAGCUGACAGUGUGUCACGAGUUGUUCGCCGCCUAAAACAAGGCUAAAUCAACAUUCAAUUGCCACAAUUUCGUAAACAAAAACUAGUCCAAAUUUAAUUCUUCUUAAUCGAAAAUUAUAAUUACUGAAAAUCUUGACUAACUAGUUAUAAAAAAAAGAAAUAUCUUGCUUAGGUACCACCAGUAAAGGUUAAAGGUCCUUACCGCUGGUGGGAGUUACUAGUCCGAAUCACACAAAAUUCAUCUAUAAUGUAUUAUUUGUCAUCAGAAGCUUAAUAAUUAUCCUUACCGAUUUGAAAAAUAUUACAUUUUUCCUACUAUGCUUACUGAUUUGAAAAAGAGAACAUUAAAAAUAGUACUAUUCUUUAUUGCCUCGAUACUAAAGCAUCAGAAUAAAUAAAAGUAUAAAAACCAAUCGGAUAAAUCAUCUGGAAGUAACCAGGCAUCGCUCAUAGUUGACACUAAUUUUCAAGAAUUUUAUCGGUCAUUUGCACAUGAAAAAUAUGCAUAUUAUAUGAGAAACUCGAAAAUUAGUAUCGGUGACUGUAUGGCGUAUGCGUUAUGAAUGGCGGCUGCCGGCACGUGACCACACUGUUUUCUGUAGUCAUUAGCCCUAACCCCCCUUCAGCCCGCCCGCUCUCGACUUGACAUGAAUGCCUUACCGACGACCGACGCUCUACUUUUCUGUUCUCGAGUCGACAACCCGCGGUGCGCCAGCUUCUCUGUAAUCAUUAUUAUUUUUCAUCUCCAAAUUCUCUUCUCAACCAUAUUAUUAUAUAUUAAUUGCUCUUCUUCUCACAACACAUUAUAUACAAUCAUAAUAUAUUAUUAUAAAACAUAUUUAAAAUGGUUUAUUAUCAUUUAGUGUUUAAAUAGAAAUAAUGUAUUUAUUUCGAUUAAUUGUAAUAAAUCGUCGUAAAUUGUUGUUGUGUUUGUCUUCUUGUGUUUGGCGGUUGACCUCCCUGAUCGGAAAUAGGUUGAGUUGCCGGAGAAUGAAUUGAUUUGGGCGGUUUUCCGGUAAAUAUUCGACUUCUGGAAAGUGACUUGUUAUGGGUGGUGUCACCCUAGCGAAAAGUAACUUGGAAGCAGUGUCAGAACUUGAACAUGAGGCGGCAAGCUCAAAUAAUGGUUUUUGUUUUUAUGCCCUAGGCCCUAGGCAUAUUGGUUUGAAUCUGAUAAUGUAAUAUAGACGUACCGCCUCUAUGGUAUCAAACCAAUUUCUUCGAUAUAUUUUACUCUAAUUUUACUCAUCGCUGGAAAACAUGGCUCGUCAUUCUCUACAAUCUUAAAUCUCUGUCUUAUUAUAAUAAUUAUUAAUUUUUUUAUCACUUCAAGUGCUAUGUAUAUUAUAUAUAAAAACUAAUAUUUUUACUAGACUGAGAGUAGUAUAAAUUGUCAAUAGAAAUCCUUCAACUUACAAAGUGUGUUUGAGGAUUGUAAUGCUUGAAAGUACAUGAACAAUACAGGAAGGCGAAAACAAUUUUGCUGGGCCUGUUAUAAGAGGCUGAAAGAUUUAUGGCUUUAAAGUGACAUCUGUACAGUACAAUCUUGUAAAUUUUAAAGUGUAUUUAAAAAGUAAUCGUUUCGAGAUUUUGAUUUGUGUUUAGUUGAGGAGUAAACAGUAAUUAUUUAUGUUUGUAAAAAUUUGGUUAAAAUAAGUUAGACCUUGAAAUUGGAAUUCACGUUUCAAAUUUGGUGGCCUAAGCAACACUUCAUCAUGUAAAUAUCAUUCGAAAUCAAAGCUUGGAUUUAAAUUUUAUUUGUACAUUUUUGAACAGUAUAGAUUCUCGGGUGUGUAUUGUUCAAAUUUUCAAAGUGAUGGUUUGUUUAUUUUGGUAAUAUUAUUAUAUUCAUCAAAGUUGGUCGGAAAAUAGGAUUGGACUGAAAUUGAAUUUAAUUUAUAAUUCUGAAGGUGUGUGUACAUUUUUUUACCAAAAAAUGAAAUUGUUAUGGAAAUACCGUUAAAUCAUACUCUUACCUUAAAACCAAUGUCUCAAGAUUUGUUGUUCAAUAAAGUUAUGAGAUAUU